AUGUCUGAUAAGUGCUGCUUCGUAGCAAACUGCUCAGAAAAUCCUCAAUUCUUUUGCAAAUGCGAAAAUCCGCCUAUUUUUAUGUGCAAAAAUCAUCAGCAGAAUCACAAAAAGCUUAUAGGAAGGCAUAUCAAUAAUAAAAUUUAUUCAGAAGUGCCUUUAAACACUAAAACGCUUUCUACUAAACUCAUUUGAAAGUUAAAAUUAGAGAUUAAAGAAAUUCAAUCUAGAAUAAUUCUCGAAGAAUUAUUAAUUAUUAAGCAAAUUCAUAUAUAUAAAAUGGCGUAUGGCGACCGACCCACCCUCCCAGUGGUGGUUACCCAUGUAUAUCCGGGCGUGGUUUUUGGAGCCAGGAGUUAGCCCAACAACGUCUGGGACCUCGAAGCGAGAGGCCUAAGCGCGAAAGCCGCUGCUUUUUGCGAUCAGACCCAUGGGCAGUUACUCGUGACUUCUUUUUGCCAGCAGCGCUCAGCCCAGUGAGUGCCCGAAAUGAGGCAGGGCGACUUACCUGCCUAAGCUGCUUUUGUGGCUCGCCCCGAAUGGCGAAAGCUGUUGAGUUCUUUCUCUCGGGAUGACCGGAAAAGAGGGGGAAGGCGAGUUAGACAACUAAACGGGGGUCUCUCCAGUUGAAAAAGGUGCCCUUCGAUGGGCAGAUCUGGCGGACGACGCGGCAGUGUUGGCGUAAAACUUAGGCGACGAUCCAAGUUGGAAAUGGAGGCGGUCAGCAAAGCCGGUAUAAGACGGCCCUUGACAAUAUCUCUACCGAGAAACCGGGGGUUUCGGCCCGGGCUUGGUGAAUGCUCUGCCACCACACGGGAAACCGUGGAAUGCCUCGGACGUAGUAGGGACCUUAAAUACCCAGCGUAAUCUUAAUCUUAAUUAAGCAAAUUCAAAAAGCAGCUCAAAAAUCGUUAGAAAAAAUAAAAGCUUUUGAUAAAAAUUUAAAUGAAGCAAUUUCACGAAUCAACAUAUUAACUGAAAUAGACAAUUCAAAGGAAAAAACUAAUAUAAAGGCAUUAUUAAAAUUAUCUGAGACAGAUCUUGAAAAAAUAAAUCCUAUUUGAUUACCAAAAUUGAACAUAAGAUCAGCUGAUUUUCAGAAAAUUGAUAAAAUAUUUGAAAUAGAGUCCCCAUUACAAAGUUUCAAUGAAAAAUACUAUGAAAAACAUAAAACGCCUAUUAUAAAAUAUAUAUGAAAUAGCUCUCGUACUGGGAUAAAUACAUUCAACAUAUUAACCCGAAAAGUGCACAAACACAAUUUAUCAAUAAAUAAAGUGCUUGAUCAAUAUGAAGCGAAGUGUUUAUUACCAGACGGAAGUUUAUUCUAUUACUCCGAAGGGUUUUCAUUAAUUUUGGAUCCAAACAACAGCGUUAAAUACAUAAAGAAUUAUAUCGAGAGUACAUACGUAUGCUCUGCUUAUGCAGACGGAUAUAUUUUCCUUAUUGGCGGAUCCAAAAAUAUUUCUGCAAAAUACAAUAUUAGCCAAAAUAGAUGAAGUUCUCAUCUAAAACUGCCAAUAAAUUUAGGCGCAUACUCAACUUGCUGCUUAUUUAACGAAUACAUUAUUUUAGUUUCACAGGGCUCUGAUAAAGCUAUUUAUUAUGACAUAAAUAUUGACUCUUAUUCUGAAAUUUCAUCAUUGAAAUUAACCAAUCUUGUUGCCAAGGCAGUUAUUACUGGGGAUAAAAAAGUUUUUAUAUUUGAAUUUUCAACUUAUAUAUAUGAGAGCGAUAACCUAUGCACAUGAAAGAAAAUUGGAGGAUGCACAAUUUUAGCAAGCCGUGCACCAAUUAUCAGUUAUGCAAUUAAAUGAAAGAAAAAGAUUUAUUUUGUAAAUUUUAGUGCGAUUUAUUCUUUUGAUUUAGAGAAAAAGAAGUUAGAAAAAAUAAUGGGUUUGCCUGAUAAAGAUUAA